AUGGCUGAUCAGUUGACCGAGGAGCAAAUCGCCGAGUUCAAGGAGGCCUUCAGCCUCUUCGACAAGGACGGCGAUGGCACCAUCACCACCAAGGAGCUCGGCACCGUCAUGCGCUCCCUGGGCCAGAACCCCACUGAGGCUGAGCUUCAGGACAUGAUCAACGAGGUUGAUGCUGACGGUAACGGCACCAUUGACUUUCCCGAGUUCCUCACCAUGAUGGCCCGCAAGAUGAAGGACUCUGACACUGAGGAGGAGAUCCGCGAGGCCUUCCGCGUCUUUGACAAGGACGGCAACGGCCGCAUCUCUGCUGCUGAGCUCCGCCAUGUCAUGACCAACCUCGGCGAGAAGCUCACCGACGAGGAAGUCGAUGAGAUGAUCCGUGAGGCCGACAUUGAUGGUGACGGCGAGGUCGACUACAACGAGUUUGUCCGCAUGAUGACCUCCAAGUAA